AAAUCAAGGGUUUAGUGAGCAGUCUGUCAGAUGGUGGAUCUUAACCGUGAGCUCUGCCAUGUUGUCGGCACUGUCAACGUAAACGAGAUUUUAAGUCAGUAUUGCGACUGGAUACCCGUCGUCCAUGCUGGAUAAAGGUCGUUUUGGCGUCAAGAUGGUGAUAUUACGCAGCAGCAGUGGUGGUGCCGGAGCCGAGCCGAUAGCAACAACUCCGAACAGGAGAUCGAUGGAGUUGGAAACAAGCUCCGAGUUUCUGUCGCUGCUUCCCGCGUCGAACAGAAAGUCUGCCCGUCAGACUCGGUCCUCCCGGGCCCUGGAUGACAGCUUCAGCAGCCCCGAAAACAACUUGGUGAAUGGACAUGCUGACUCGAAGCAUGACGAGGGAAGUGGACCCUAUCACACUCCGAGGACCAGAGGGCAGAGGGUUAAACUAGAGGUCUCUUUUGCUGACAUGGAGUCAAAGAGCAGCACCCCUGUGAUUGAAGACAACUCUAGAGGAGGAUCCCUCAGGAAAUCCUCUAGGCUGCAGAGAGAGGGGAGUGCAUCCAGUGGCAAGCAGCAAGCAGAUGUUUCAGAUGUGGUGGAGGGGUCAUCCACUCCCAAGAGGAGCCGCUUUAAUCUACAGAGCCAGGAGGGGGAGGAAGAGGAGGAGGGUUCAGUCCGACGUAGUUCCCGAAUCACCAGAUACAAACUGGAUACCCAUAAACAGUCCGUGCUCUACGACCGCCUCAUCACCAACACUGCUGAGGCUGUUCUCCAGAAGAUGGACGACAUGAAGAAGAUGAGACGCAGACUGAGGAGCAGAGAUAGAGUCCCUGAAGAAGAGCAGCUCGGCGUGUACACCAGGGGCAGAAUGACAAGGUCUCUGAGGACAGAUGUGGAGAGCACAGACGCCAAGGAGGCGAACGAAGGCGUUGAGGAUGACCAGGAAGCAGAGGAGGGGGGAGACGAAGAGGAUGAUGAGGAGGAGGAGGAAGAGGAAGAAGAUGAGGAUGGCGAGGAUGUGGAUGAGGAAGAAGAAAACCAGAGGCGUUAUGACUUUAGACAGCGGAAGACUGUGGUUCGCUACCAGGCCCCACAGGAUGAACCCAGAGAGCCCAGGAAGCGCGGGAGGUACUUGGUGGAACACUCGUCUCCGACCAGACGCAGGUUCAGAUUCAGCUCCACAGCGCCCAGGAGCCCCUACAACAGAAGAACCAGCAGGAGUAGUUCUGAGAGAAGGAGACACGCUAUCCACAGUAGUGACUCCACUUCCUCAUCUUCAGAUGAUGAGAAAUUCCAGAGAAGGAGAAGUAAGAACAGGAGCAGGUCAGUCAACAGAUGUCUGCCUAUGAACCUUGUGAAAGACGACCUGCUGGGGAUCCAGAAGGACAGGAUGAAGAUCGGAGCCAGCCUGGCUGAUGUAGACCCCAUGCAAAUAGACAAGACGGUGCGGUUUGAUAGCAUUGGAGGUUUGAGCCGACACAUCUCAUCGCUGAAGGAGAUGGUGGUGUUCCCUCUCCUCUACCCAGAAGUCUUUGAGAGGUUCAAGAUACAGCCUCCCAGGGGCUGUCUGUUUUACGGUCCUCCGGGCACAGGGAAAACCCUCGUAGCCAGAGCGCUGGCUAAUGAGUGCAGUCAAGGGGAUAAAAAGGUGUCUUUCUUCAUGAGGAAAGGAGCUGACUGCCUCAGUAAGUGGGUGGGAGAAUCUGAGAGACAGCUACGACUGCUUUUUGAUCAGGCGUACCAGAUGCGUCCGUCCAUCAUCUUCUUUGAUGAGAUUGAUGGUUUGGCUCCAGUCAGGUCCAGUCGUCAGGACCAGAUCCACAGCUCCAUUGUGUCUACCCUGUUGGCUCUAAUGGACGGAUUAGAUGCUAGAGGAGAGGUUGUUGUGAUCGGAGCUACAAACAGACUGGACUCCAUCGACCCAGCACUGAGGAGACCAGGACGCUUCGACAGGGAGUUCCUCUUCGGCCUGCCAGACAGAGAGGCAAGGAAGGACAUCCUGAAGAUCCACACCAGACUUUGGACUCCGCCUCCCUGUGACACUUUUCUGGAAGAAUUGGCCGAUAAAUGUGUUGGUUAUUGCGGUGCAGACAUCAAGGCAGUGUGUUCAGAGUCCGUCCUGUGUGCACUGCGCCGGCGCUACCCACAAAUCUACUCCUCAUCGCAGAAACUUGUGCUUGAUGUCAGCUCCAUCGCCAUCACAAGCAAAGACUUCUUGUCGGCCAUGUCCAAGAUGGUGCCUGCUGCCCAGAGGGCUGUGGUGUCCCCAGCCAAGGCCCUGAUACCUGCCAUCCGUCCUCUGCUGAGCGCCGCGCUGCAGAACAUCCUCCACACCGUCAGCAGACUGUUCCCACACGCUGAGCAGGGCUUAACGAGGAAGAGAGAGCUAGAUGCGGCCUGUGGUCUGUCUGAGGACGAUCUGAUGUACAGUGAGGAUGAGAACGCAGAAAUAUGCUCUAGUGGACAGAUGCCUGCUGUUAAGGGGCUCUUCAACCUCAACAGGAGUGUGCGGAGUCACCCGACCUCCUACCGGCCCAGGCUGCUGCUGAUGGGCAGGCUGGGCUCAGGGCAGAGCUCCCACCUGGGUCCUGCCGUCCUCCACGCUCUGGAGAAGUUCACCGUGUACACACUGGACAUGGCCGUGCUGUUCGGAGCCAGCGCAACUGCACCAGAAGAGACCUGUGCUCAGAUCUUUGUAGAAGCAAAGCGGACAUCUCCCAGCAUCCUGUACAUCCCUCACAUCGGACAGUGGUGGGAAACUGUGAGCCCAGCUUUAAGAGCCACCUUCCUCAGCCUGCUCAGCUCCAUCCCCGCCUUCGCUCCUAUACUGCUCCUUGCUACGUGCAACCUGCAAUAUGACCAACUAAGUGUGGAGGUAAAGGAGUUGUUCCGGAUGGAGUACGGGGAGAUUUUCCAUGUCCAGGUGCCCACCAGCAGAGAAAGGAGAAACUUCUUUAAGGAACUAAUCCUCAAUCAGGCGUGCAAGGCCCCGGCUUCAAAAAAGAAAGCUGUGCUCAAUGCUUUGGAGGUGCUCCCUGUCGCCCCUCCGCCUCCCCCACGUCAGCUGACAGAAGAGGAGACUCAGCGAUUGGCAGAGCAGGACGAAGGGACCUUCAGGGAGCUCCGCCUCUUCCUGCGUGAUGUCACCAACCGCCUGUCCCAAGACAAACGCUUCAAGGCUUUUACAAAGCCUGUGGAUUUAGAAGAGGUGCCGGAUUAUGCUGAGGUGAUCAAGCAGCCUAUGGACCUGUCGACAGUUCUCUCUAAGAUCGACCGCCAUCAGUAUGAGACGGUGAAGGAGUUCCUCUACGACGUGGAUCUCAUCUGGCAGAAUGCCCUUGAAUAUAACCCAGACAGAGACCCCUCAGACCGUCAGAUCCGCCACAGAGCAUGUGCUCUGAAGGACACCGUCCAUGCUAUCAUCAAAGAUGAACUGGAUGAAGAUUUCGAAAAGAUUUGCGAGGAGAGCAAAGUGUCACGCAACGCAAGAGGUUGUGCCACGGUCCAGUUUGCUCCCUCUUUCUACCACGUUCUUCCCAAACUGUCCAAAUCUCCUACCGAUGCCAAAACCACUGAAAAGACACCACAAAGUGAACCGGCUCAAUCCACAGCUGCUGCCUGUCUCAAUACAAGUGCCUCCUCUGUUACAACCCCUAAGAACACAGCCCAGAAGAAGAGAAGGCGGAAAAGUCGCUGGUCCUCUGGCUUUCUGGCAAAGAAGAAGUCUUCCUGCUCCCCUCACACAUCCAGAGAUGAUGCACACUUGGAGUCUGAGGAGGAAGAUGGAGACGAUGAAGAGGAGGAGGUUGAGAAGAGGGGAUCAGCGGAGUGUGAGAAAGGGACUGAAGGAGACGAGGAUCAGAUGAUGGUGGAGUCGGGGCCUGCACCAGCCCAGGAAGUGAGUUUUGGGCCUACUGAGAAAGAGGAGGACAGUCAGCAGGGAAGAGAGGAGAAGAGUCAGGCUGCUGAAGAUAAGGUUUUCCUGUGUGGAUCAGGGAAACCAGAAAAUGAAGACCCGAUUGAAAAAGAAACUGUGGAUAAAGAUCAACCCGACCAGUCUGAGGAAAACAAAGCGUUAAAGGGAGGAAAUCAGACUAAUGAAAGCACUUCCGUUGACACUAACAAGGACAGCCACACUGUGACAGAAGGAGACACCCAGGGGCAAUCCAACACAGAGGAAAGGGCCGAAACUAACGGCCAAAAGCUGACCGAAACUAUGACUGAAAAUUGUCGAGCUGUAACAGAGACAGACUACAGUAACAAGGUAGUUACUGUAGAGGAGGCAGAGCAGAACAGCCCUGCUGAACCAAUGGAGGCUGAAGCAGCAAAUACCUCAACCACAGACGUCUCUGCAGCUCGCAGAGGAGAGGAGGACACAGACAAAGAGCGGGGUGUAAGGCGAGUAACACGGGCUCUCAAGAACGGUGUGUUGCAGCAGCAGAAAGUCGAUGUGGAGAAAGCACUGCAGAUCCUUGAACAGGAAACUCCUCCUUUGGUGGUGGACAGAGACAGAUUAAAGGAGCUGUUGGAGAGAGUAGUGACCAAGACUGAAAGCUAUGAGGUUUACAAGCUGGAGAAACUCUAUGCUCUGCUCUGCCAAAGCAUCUACAGACACAGACGCGACUACAACAAAACGUUACUAAUACAGGAGUUGGAACGAGAAAUUGAAGACUUCUGCUGACUUUUCUACAGGAAGAAUAUUCAUUUUUGUUUUAAUAAUCACACAUCAUCCUGUUAGCUAUGUAAAUAUACAUAGGUUAUAUUUUCAUAGAAUUAUACAAGCACUUAUAUUUGUGCAUUAGCCUAAUCUUUGUACUAACUUUUUUGUUUAUAUUUAAUUAAAUGUUUUCUCAAGAUGUUGUCUUUUUAUGUGUUUGUCCCCAAAAUCGUAAUUCACAUGGCCACUAUGGUGUAGGGGAAUAUGAUUUGCUUGCUUGAAAUACCUCUCGAGUUGUCUUGUUUUGUGCACAGGGACCACACAUUUUAACUUUUAUAAGUGAAUAGUCUUAAAAAAAGCUGGAUUCUACUCUUCCCAUAAUGCAAAUCAUUAGCAUAUUUUGUUAAAGUCUAAAAAGUACAAUACUAAAUUGUUCCAGACCAUUGUAAACCAAAAAAAAAUCACUUUAUUUUGUAUAUGAUAGCUACUGAAUUAUAAACAAGGUGUGUAUUUGUGUAUAAAUCCCAGUGUUGAAUUCUU